AUGGGACAUAGACCCAACAUCUCACAAGAACAUUUCAGAGGAUUGGGAGGGCUGGAGACAAGAGGUUUGUCCUCUCUACCCAACUACAUGAUCAGCCUCUACCAGAGCUUUAGCCGCAUGGACUUCGCCAGUGAUUACGAUUCUGAACCAGUAAAACAGCCAGUGCCACCAGGUCCCCGCGCAGAUAUUAUAAGGAGUCUGGCUGCUAAAAGUUUUCAGAAGGUAGACGAACGAUGGGUAGUUGUGUUUGAUUUUGGAAUCCUCAAUACAGAAGAAGACAUUUUGAUGGCAGAACUGCGGUUUGAGGCUGCUACAUUCGCUGGGCAUCUACACGAUGGUCUGGAAGUAAAUAUAGAUAUAUUUCACCAGUCAUUUUGUAAAGGGAGUGAUAGGCUUUGUCAGACAUAUCUGCACUUGGGCUCAUUUACAGGAAGGGCUCAGUCAAGACCUUCCGACGAUUGGGUGAAGCUAAACAUUACAGAGGUAGUACAGAAAUGGUCUAAAAGGACUGUAAUAAAACAUCAAACUAAUUCAAAGCAGGUGCACAGAUUGCAAAAAACCCAAAAGGCAACAAAUAUAAAGCCCAACGACCAAAAAGUUCUGAUGUUUGUGUAUUCCAACCUUUCAAGGAAGGAGAAGGAGACAGUGACUGCCACUUUGCUCCAUGAUGCUGCACUCUCCAAAUACUUGGUACCCUUACAAGUCAACCUGAAACCCAAGAGCCCUAAGCGUCAUCGAAGAAGCCACAUUAUAAGAGAUCACAUGUCAGGCAUGAGGCACGCCCAGGCUGUACACAAUGCUAGCACUCUUUGUAGGAGAGUCGAUUUCUAUGUGGAUUUUUCACUGAUUGGAUGGGACCAAUGGAUUAUUCAUCCUUUAAAAUACAAUGCCUAUCGGUGUGAGGGCUUGUGCCCAAGCCCAGUGAAUGAGGGUCUCAGGCCACAUAACCAUGCCUACUUACAGAGUAUUGUAAAUUUCUACAUGAGCAGUAAAGCUCCUCCCGUCUGCUGUGCUCCCCUAAAGAUGAGUGCGCUGAGCAUGGCUUACCGCAAAGACAGAGAAAUCGUUGUUGAACAUCACGAAGAAAUGAUUGUAGAAGAAUGUGGGUGUCAGUGA